AGAAAGUACAGUAAUCUUUGAAUCUUGAUUCCAUUGCGUUAAUUCAACGCAGGCCAAGAGAGAAAAGUUAGACCAAAGGUUAAAUCAGUUUGCUUUGUUUCAAGUCAUUUGAGCAGUAUUGCUUCAUACAGUAUUGCUUUAAAUGAUUACCAUAUGGACCCUUAUGGAUUUAGAAGUCGUCGAUCUCCCACUCCUGGAAUUAUCAUUAGAUAGAAAAUGCUGCCAUUGGCAAAUAGUACAAGUGUAAACUUUCAAAGCCAUGUCCGUGUCCAUGCAAAAUAAAUAUUCAACUGCCGGAAUUUUUUUCCUGGUUCUAAGUCCGAUUGGAAGAUGCUAUUGUCACUGAACUACUGAAACGAUAAGUUAGCAUAUUCUAUGUAUAUAUUUAUAUAUUAAUUAUAUAUGUGGUUAUUUCUGGAGAUACUGUAUUUUCACCUCUUAAAGGCUAAAAGUAAAUUUACAAUGACGCUUUCAGACUUCUCCUUAUUUACAUUGAAUCACUACUUCAGUCAUUGGUUAUCACAAAACUGAACAUGAAAAAGACUCAGAGCUCCUCUAGCGUUCCUGCUGUCGCCAACCCGUCUGAAAGAAAUUACAAAUGAAAAUCUUGUUCUGUUCCACGUUGUCACAAAAAAAAGCAGCAAGUUGAACUGGUUAGCGUGUAUGUGUGGAGCGGUAGGGAGUUGUCUCCAAUUUGGCUGAUAAAAGUUAAAUUAACAAGCUUGUAUUUGUCACUAUAACUAGGUGUUGCUGAGUCCCACAAAUGCAUCAAUGUUCUUCUCAUUUCAAAACCCCCGUGAAGUAGGCGGUGUCUAUCGGGUUAGCCGCGAGUUUGAUUGGCCGGCUGGGCGGAAAUAGUCUACAGCCGGCUUCUGAAGAGUGCAAGUGAAAUGUCAGUUUGAUAAAGACCUUUCUUUUUCCCCUUCCCCCUGCUCAGCAAAUUAAGCUGCAGCUAUGUCAUGUUCGGAGAAUUCAACUUCCAGCUCGUUUUCAGUGAAGUCUUUAAUUUGCUCCAGACGGACUGAAUCUUACUGUCCUGGGGCUUAUUUGUCGUCCAGAGCGGACCAGGGCUCCGGGGUACAGAAUUGGCAAGUUGGCCUAGCACACCGUAAACAAGGGGAGAUGAACAACCAGCAAGGUAUAGGUUUGGUUCCACAUCAGUACGUGUCUGGCAUGCCAGGCAUGGCCGGGUGGGCAAACCCGUCACCCUCCAACCACACAGCCCGGCUCCAACAGAUAAACACUUACUCCUUUACGUCCAGCGUGAAGGAAGAAGCGAACUAUUGUUUAUUAGGCGGGGAUAAAUAUUCGAAGACGCACUCCGAGGUUUCAGUCUACCCGAGGGUGAUUUCUGAACUCUGCACAAAUGGCAGUGGCAGGGUGCCCAUGCCCAGCUAUUUCCGUUCAGAAUCGAGUUAUUCAUCAAACAAACCGACGGAUUACAGCCAACCACAGCCAGCCACUGCUCCGUGCUCGAUUCACUCCAGCAUUCCCUUCACUUCUUCCUUCGCCACGUCGUCCUCUUCAAAACCAGGUGAAAAAGAACUAAAAGUGAGCGCCUCUAAAGAGCCGAGUCGCGGAAUCCCGGGAAAAAACACAGGGGGAAGAGAAAGCACGUUUACACAAGAAACAGCAAAGUUACAGUUUCCUGGCGCGGAUAAACCCGUUCCUGAGAAGGAAGUAAAAGAGAGUACAAAGACUGAGAAUACGAUAAACUGGCUGUCUGCAAAGGGCGGAAGAAAGAAACGCUGCCCAUACACCAAGCAACAGACACUGGAACUUGAAAAGGAAUUCCUCUUCAACAUGUACUUAACUCGAGAGCGCCGCCUGGAGAUCAGCCGGAGUGUGAAUCUAACCGACAGACAAGUCAAAAUUUGGUUUCAAAACCGAAGAAUGAAACUUAAAAAGAUGAGCAGGGAGCACAGAGUUCGAGAAAUAUCGGCUACUUUCCCGAUUUGACGAAAGAGCUGUUUUUAAGAUUAAAAUAUACGAGAUGGCGGACGAUAUCAAACGUCUCGUUAAAACAGUUCGAGCGCGACAACAGCAUUGAUGGGGGUGGGUCUUGGGUUGGGGGGUGGUGGUGAGAGGUUGCAAGUUCAGAUGUCUAGUCACUACAACAACAAUGAGCUAGCAAAGCAGAAGGGACAUGGGCGGAUGAAGGACUUGCAAGUUCAAACUAACUAAACAUAACAAAAGGUACUGAUUUAGUUGUCGAAAGAACAUAGACUGAAUAUUUAAGUUUGCUGGCCAGAAGCUCAUUAACAGCCAUCACAUAACUUAGUAUCCUAUCGCUUAAUCGUGAGGAAAAGAACUCAAAGAAUGUUCCAAAAAGGCAAUAAAAGCCAACUUGUUUUCUCCAUCUUGUCCUUUUUCUUGGGUUUAAUCGACGUAUAGUUAAUACCACACAUAUAUGUUAUGCUCAAAAGAGCAGUUCUUUCAUGUCUGACACUUUCUCUUAUUAUGGAGACAGCAGUGAAAUCGGCACCUACCAUAGUACGCCAUCUGUGCUGGCAUACAUCAUGUACAAGAGUGUUAGCUUAUAGCAAGAAACCAGCCUCAAACUAAGCAGACAUAUUGAAUCAAUUAGAGUGGGUAAUUAUAGAAAAAAACUUGGUAAACCAUAGGAUAAAUUGUGAAUUUUUCCUUGCAUUUGGAUAGAUGCCAUUAUAUUUUGGCUUAAUAUAACACUGUUUCCUCAAUUUGUGAGAGAACAUAAUGAUAAACAUGUACUCUCAUUGUUGGUCAUCCUAUCCUGAAUCUUUCUUGUCUUUAAGCACCGAACAAUAAUUAUUUAGGUAGGUUAUUGCUGGUUAUUGUAAAAAAAACGUGCAAUUCUUUUGUAGACGUCACAUGCUUUCAGUAGACUGUUUCCUCAUUAUAAUGUCAAAUAUAAAAUUAAUUUAAAAUGCUUCCAAGUGUUCCAAAUGAAACCAUUCUUUUUUCUUAUCACUUCAUGACCUCUAAAGCAUGAUUGAAUUGAUAUAAAUGGAAAUAAGCAAACUAUGAAAAAUUGCAUGUGUAUUUCAUAGAGGUUGUAAUAUUGAUGCUUGAAUUAGUUCAGUAUCCUUUACAUUGCAACGUCUUGAAACUUUCACACAAUAAAUUGGUUGGAGAGUGAAUUGAUCAUUUUACAGUUAAAAUAUUCUUCUGCCGACUUGACUUAAAAUAACAGCUAAGCCUGAAGAUUUGUAUUAAAUGCAAUGCUGCUGAAAAUGUAAAACAUUAAUUGGAUACAAAUUGAUCAAAAUAAACCUUAAAAUUAAAAAUGCAAGCAUUAAGAUUCACCUCAAUUUAAUUUUCUAAAUGCAAUUGUUAUAAGAACACAGAUUUUGUUGUAGCUUUAAUGUUUCUUUGAUUAACAUGGAAUGGCCAAACUUUAGUUGACCAGUUUAUUCUUCUUAGAACAAUAACAUUUUAACAUGGAUUCCCACUAGUUGUGACUUUCCUUUUUCAUCGAGAACUGCUACUGAUCUAUAUUUUUCUAUUUAUACAUACAUUACCUCAAAGCUUCUUGAUUCACAUUGGAGUAAAAGCCAUCUGCAUGGAGAGUAUGGGUGGUGGUAGGUAUUGGGUACUGACCUAGUUAACAAUAUGCAGAUUUAAUUUUGUUGUUUUAUUUCCUCAUGCUGUUCUGCAUUAGAGAUGUGAUGUGAAGCUUCCUAGCGAAAUGUGAAUGGAAUGUGAGAACUAAUAAAUUGAUAAGAACUCACAAUAAAAAUUACAACUUACGUGCAACUGCAGACUGAGAUAAAUAUAAACACAGACGAGUUCUUGGUCAGUCAGUGUUCUGGUGUGGAUCAGCAGUUGUUUGUUUGAACUUCUCUAGCAUGAGUGAUAUGAAUAUGCAGGAAUUAUUUCAAGCCUACAUCCAAACAUACGACAAAUAUCCAUUAUACGUUUUGCAGUGAACUAUACACUUAAUGGGCAUUAUAUACUACAAUUAAAAUAGGAUUGUGCUUAAGAAUAAGAUGUCUCUUAAAUGUCUACCAAAAUUAUGAGAAUGUACAGUGAUCUGUCCUCUCAUUUACUUUGACAUAUGUGAUUUUAGGUAGCGAUUUCAGAUAACAAAUGUGUAAUGUCAUAUAACAUGUAAUAUUUAUUUUUAUUAAUGUAAAGCUAUACCAAAGACUAUUAACGUCGCAUUUAUCACCUCUUGUCUACUGCUGUGCACACUGAAUUCCGUACCUACUUGUAUGAGAGGGAAAUGAAAGAAUAUGUUAAUAUUUGGGGACCAUAUGUAAAUCCACAAGUAACUGUUUAAAUGAUAUGUUUUACUUUCAUGGUGUAAACGAAGUUUUGUUUGAAUAGCAUGUUCUGUAUAUUGCACGUCUUAAAUUGGUUGCAUUAUUUCCUAAGCCUUAUCAAUAUUAAAAUUCAAAUUUAAAAAUAA